GACAAGCAGUGUGUUCAGUGUGCUAUACAAGUUUUGUUUUGAUAUCAUUUUCGUAUAACAUAAGAAAUUAACAUUUGAACUAAAAUUCCAUAAUUCGUAAGGAUUUGCUUUACAAGUGUGAAAACUUUAACACAUGGCUUUUGCAUUAAGAAAUAUAAUUAGUCCUAUGCGACACAGACAAAUAUCUGUAUUUACCCGUAAUACAUGGCAAAACUUUUCUUCGAUGAAAACUGAUGUAACGCCCAACAUCACUUCUGUAGAGUCAAAAUCUCGUCCAGAUGAUGCGAAGUUGGUGAUUAGUGAUUCUUGUAUUAAACGGCUACAGGAAAUAUCAGAAAAUGGUAAAGCGUUCCUGCGUAUCACUGUGGAAGGUGGGGGUUGCUCGGGUUUUCAAUAUAAAUUUGUUUUGGAUAGCAAGUUAAAUAGUGAUGACGUUAUUUUCGGUGAGGGAAAUGCAAAAGUUGUAAUUGACAAUCUAUCUUUGGAGUACUGUUCUGGAGCUACAGUCGAUUAUCAUACGGAAUUAAUCAGAUCUGGUUUUCGAAUACUAACGAAUCCGCAGGCGGAGCAAGGUUGUUCGUGCGGCUCCUCUUUUUCUAUCAAAUUAGAUUAAAACUACGAAAAUAUAGAUAUAAAUUUCAUUUUUAUUCUGCUUUCAUAAAUGUCAUAUAUAUUGCCAUUUAUUAAUGCUUACAAAUGUUAUAAAGUUAUACAUUUAGAAAAUAUGAAUUAAUCCGCUUGUUAUUAAAUAUAUUUCUUUAAUUUACAAAGUUUUA